UAACUGUCAAAAAUUCAAGAAGCAAAAAAAAAGAAAAUUUUAGUACAAUUAGAGGGGAGCAAGGGCUAGUCACCGGGUGAGACAGAGGAGCUUGUGCUACAUUUACAAUACAUCAGAGAAAAUGAGAAUUAGAGGAGGUUUCUCUGGCCUCAAAAUCCAGCUCCAAAGCUCUCACUUUCCAUUGCCUCUCCUUCUUUGCUUGUUCUCAGAGCGCGAGCUUCAUGUUCUCUGAAAUUCCAGUGCAAGAGUAAUGACCCCGCUGCUUGAGCACGACUACAUUGGACGAUCGGAAGUCUGCUUGUCCCUUGAGAGUUCCUCCUACAGGCUUGCAGACGGCGAUGAGGAGAACCUCCGGGGGACGGAGCUCCGACUAGGGCUUCCGGGUUCUGAGUCUUCGAUGCGCAAGGAGAAGGCGGGACUUUCUCUCGGCUUACAGCAGCCCAAGAGCUUCGCUGCCGGUGCAAAGAGGGUUUUCUCUGACGCGAUUGAUGGAAACGUUAAGUGGGGUUUCUCUGGGAGGGGUGGAUCGGAGGUGGAAAUGGAGAAAGGUGGCACCUUGUUCUCUCCUAGGGCUUGCGGUGGCAGUGGAAGUGAGGUUUCUGGAAAGGCCAUGCAGGUGCAGGAGAAGAAGAUUCAAGGGCCAUCUGCUUCGAAGGCGCAGGUUGUAGGUUGGCCACCAAUCCGCAGCCACCGCAAGAACACUAUGGCCACAAGCCCAUCCAAGAACAGAGGUGAUGCAAAUGGAGGAUUCCUCUACGUCAAGGUUAGCAUGGACGGAGCUCCCUACUUGAGGAAAGUUGACCUGAAGACUCACUGCAACUAUAAGGAUCUCUCUACAGCUCUUGAGCAGAUGUUCAGUGGAUUCACCAUUGGCCAGUACGCAUCUCAGGUUGGGCGGAGUGAAAGCUAUUUGGCAGGUGUUCUUAAUGGCUCAGAGUAUGUGCUCACAUAUGAAGACAAGGAUGGUGAUUGGAUGCUCGUAGGUGAUGUUCCAUGGGAGAUGUUCAUUGAUUCCUGCAAAAGAUUGAGAAUUAUGAAGGGCUCAGAUGCAAUUGGACUUGCUCCAAGAGCCAUUGAGAAGAGCAAAAAUCAGGACUAGCAUUGCAACAGCUGAUACUAUGGAACUCCAAUUGAAAUCAUAUGGCUUUAAAGUUCUCUCCCGAAACUGAGAAGUUCAAGGGUACAAGUUAGUUUGUGUCUAACUAUGUAUUUUAGUGUUUUUUUUUUAAAAUUUUUGUUUCAUAUGUAGCCCUGAAACUUCCAACUAGCAUCCUUAGUUGCCCAAAAAGAUGCCAAAUUUGUCAGCUCCUGUGUUCCUCAUUGGUGUUUUUUUUUGUGUAAAUGGCCUGUUUGCUUCUAUGAUAAUGUUUAAUACUGUGCACUAUUCCAUUAAAAUACUGUUCUCCUUCAUUUACUGUA